AAACUGUCAGUAGUCAGCUGUUUUAUAACAUUCCCUCGAAUUGCAUUCACGCGUUUCUAUUAGAUUUUGGUUGAUUUUGUAACAAUAAUUUCUGGAGAAGAUGAGGCUAACUCAGUUUUUGGGCACUAAAUUGAAAAACUUCUCCAAUUUUCCAAAGGAAUAUAUUGAAAGAAGCAAAAAGCAGGUCUAUUGGAAAACACCGUCUGGUGUGCCAAAUUACACACAACGCACGGUAGAGCGUAAACGUUUCAGAUACACAACAAAUCGGCCAUGGACUGGACAGUUUCGUCAGCAAAAUAUGCCCGGCACUAUACGCAAGAAGGUCUUCAUGAAUCCAGUGGAGGAAUGGAGUUUCUUCCGUGGAGAUCGUGUUGAAGUGCUUGUUGGCAAAGACAAGGGUAAACAAGGACUUGUUUCACAGGUUAUACCAGAACGCAAUUGGGUAAUGGUCGAAGGUUUGAAUUGGCAUUAUCGUACAGUGGGCGCUGAAGAAGGUUUCCCAGGCAUAUUGAUCAAAUCUGAAGCGCCUUUAGAUGUUACAAAAGAUCUACGCUUAGUUGAUCCCUCUGAUUUGCAAGGCACAGAAUUCGAAUGGCGCUUUACUGAAGAGGGUGAGAAGGUGCGUGUGUCAUCACGUACAGGCCGCAUUAUACCCAUACCAGAAACGAACAAUCAGACGCACGAUUAUAAAACGGCGAGCGCUUAUAUCGAACGCGAAAAGGAUACACCCGGCGCCGUUGUAUCCGAAAUCACUUUCCAACCUAAAUUGUCCACAUUUGAAAUGGAUAUUAUGGAGGAGAUGGGAAUAGAGGAGGAGCGUACACCCAAAAAGAGUUAUUGGUAUUAAGUUUUAACUAUAUUGUUUUAAACAAUGCUUUAAUUUGUUAACAAAUAUAAACUAUUAAUAUGUAUAAUGAAAAA